GCGCAGGCGCGGAGCGGGCCAGCGGCGCCGCGGUCUCGCGAGGCGUAGUGCUACGGUCAGGGCCGGUGGCGGCGGCGGCGGCGGCACGGGCCGGGCGGAGAGACUUGAUCUGAGAAGACCCGGCGUGUGGAAGCCAUGGGUUUGUCUUCAUCCUCCCCGGCUGCUGCUGGCCAGCCACCGAACUCAUCCAAGCAACAUCAGACAACGUCUCCACCUUCAGAAUGCCCUAUGCAUCAGGAAAAAAUGAGCGGUUGUCCAAUGCACAUGAACACUCCUGAUCAUAGAACCGAGAACACAGGUGAUGUUCCUGCACAUCAAGAAAGAGCAUAUGAGUUUGUAGCGUGUCCGGUGAAGUCUGGUACAUCUCAAGUGAAAGAUGACAUAGAUCCAAGCAAUAUGAUGCCUCCUCCUAAUCAGCAGCCAUCUCCAGAUCAACCAUUUCCAUUGUCAACUGUUAGAGAAGAAUCUUCCAUUCCUAGAGCACAUUCUGACAAGAAAUGGGUCUACCCUUCAGAGCAAAUGUUCUGGAAUGCUAUGCUUAGAAAAGGGUGGAGGUGGAAGGAUGAUGACAUAACAGGUGAAGACAUGACCAACAUUAUUAAGAUUCACAACCAAAACAACGAGCAGGCUUGGAAGGAGAUUUUGAAGUGGGAAGCUCUUCAUGCUGUGGAAUGUCCAUGUGGACCAUCACUGAUGCGGUUUGGAGGCAAAGCAAAGGAGUAUUCACCAAGAGCCAGAAUACGUUCAUGGAUGGGAUAUGAACUUCCCUUUGACAGACAUGACUGGAUUGUUGACCGAUGUGGAAAAGAAGUGCGAUACGUUAUUGAUUACUAUGAUGGUGGAGCAGUAGAUAAGAACUACCAGUUCACUAUCCUGGAUGUUCGCCCUGCGUUUGACUCUCUCUCGGCCGUAUGGGACAGAAUGAAGGUAGCUUGGUGGCGGUGGACUUCAUAACUGCUCCUGUGGUGUGCAGUCAAAACGUAAACCACGUUCCUCAUAGGCUAAGGAUAUGUGAAUACUAGGACUUAACAUAGAAGUUCACUGCAACUGUCACUAUUUUCGACAUCACCACUGUUCUUUGGGGGUGGGAAGCGAGGAUGAGGAAAUCCAUUGUUAAGUACACCGAUGCUUUAUGGUGUUUUGAAUGAAAUAUUAAAGUUAGAGUAGCAAAAACACGUAUCUUAAUUUUCUUAAGAGCUGGGCAAUCUUUUCUUGCUGUGUUACCGAUUCUGCAUAAGCUUGCCUUUUUUCCGUUUCAUGUCUCUGGUGCUGCAACAAAUACAUUAGGUCUCUGAUUCUGAUUGGAGUUUUGAGUAUUACUUAAAAAGUGAAAACUGGAAAUUUCAUGAACAAUUUCACAUAGUUACAGUCUUUGGAUACGUAUCAUUUGGACUGUUUCAAACUGCAUGUUUUAUUUGUUUUCACAUGGGCACUUUACCUGUUCAGAUACUUGCUUCCUCAGAAAACUUUAGUCAUGUUUUUUCUGUUAAAGGAAGUAUAGUGUAGUAUGAGUAUUUUUAAAGGCAUGUUAAGUUGAAAAGGAGAAUAUACUCAUGCCUUAAUCUGCAAUUUGUCUUUGAACAGUAGAACAUCUGUUAGAAGCAGGAAAUGAGUGUCACUUGUAAAACAUUUCUAAAAGGAGAUAAAAUGGAUAUUUAAUAUUUAUUUAUUUGAGAAUUUAAAAGGUUUGCUUUCUGAUGUAAGAACUAUAUUCUUUUAGUAUUUUCAUGUCUUUAAUGUGUGUCUCACCUAAUGCAUUCAGGACAGAAUUAAGCCUUAUUAAAGAAACUGUCAUGCAGUGCAUCUGCAUUUUGCAUCUUGGCUCUAUCAUUUAUACCAUAGCAUGCUUUUUUAUAUAACGCCUAAUCGCACAAGGGUGUAUGACUACACAGUGAUACACAUUUCUGCAUAGUGAUUAUUGUGAGCCGUAUUACAGAUGUAUAUAUAACUUGGCUAAAAGGGUAUCAAAAAUGCCAAGAAAUAAGGUUGAUUUGAUUGUUUUCUAAGAAUGAUCAAUGUUAAUGCUCUGUGGCUUAAAGAUUUGAUUAAUGUUUGUGCUUAAUAAGGGAAACUUAACUUUUAAGUCUGCCACUGUAGUAGCUUUAAAUUUGCAUGGCUUGGUGAAUUUCAGGUGCCGCAUACCCCUACAUUUAAAGUAUUCUUCCCUUUCAGCAUGUAUUACUUCUGAAAAUGAGUCCUCCAUUUAAAACACUUGGGAAUGGGAGGAGUAAAAGAGUAUCACACUGUAGCUUCUUAAAUGGGAGAAGCUUCCUUCAUGAAACUUUAUAACCUUAACUGGGAGCCAAGCUGUACAUUGAUUUUCUGUAAGUGGUUAUUUUUAACUGACAUUGGAAGCUUUGGAAGGUUGUUUUGUUUUUUUUUUUUUGAUUCCUCAGCAGAAAGCCCCUCAGUGUUUGUCGAGUAACGUCCCAUUUAGGAAAAAACUAUUCAGGGAAGCUUCCAUACUUUAAGGUACUAAUGGAGAUGAAUGGGUCCCACUUAAGAGGCAACUGUCCUGUGUGGUAGGAAUAAAUAUUACCCAGAAGUCCAGAGUCCUAAGAGAAAACCACGCUCUUAACCCUAUCCACUUUCCUCAUUCCUUUUUCACCUUUUUAGUGAUUCAUAUAUAUAUUUAAAUGAAAAAUAGCUUGGGGCAAAAAAAAGGCAAACCCUCCAUCUGAGUAGGCAAUGUAUAUAUGAGAUGUAUGAGAAGUAUGUGAACUUGUAUGAAGCAUAUCUGUAAUGAAGGAGCUGCUCUUCUCUGUCCUAACAGCAAAGACUGAGGCUUACUGCUUUUUGGGGUGGAUUUUUUUGGUUGGUUGGUUUAUACAUUUGGUAACUUGUUAUACGCGGAAUUCUGUAUUUCUCACAACUAGAUAUGGAAAAGGUACACCUGUGUAGGGAGUGCUUCAGAGGCUUCAAAAGAACGAGUUUGCUUUGUUGAUUUCAGAAGCGUGAUGUUGAGUGUGUUAUGGAAACUGUAAUUGCUGCUAAAUCUGGUGAAAGAUGUCAUAUGCCACUUCAUGCGUUUACCGUUGUCUUUUAUGUUCCAUCUUACAUAGAUUCAGAAUUGUUCUUUUCUGUGCUACUGUUAAUGAAAUGUACUACUUUGUCAUGAAACAAAAAGGAGAAUCAAAUAAAUAUACUUUUCUUAA